AUGGCGAGCAACUUAUCCCCAGUGAACGAAAUGCAAGAUUCAACAACAAGUAGUAAUCCGAGCGAGGUUUUAUCACUGUUAUCACUUAUCAGGCAACGUUCGGUAUUCAGAUCGUUUACGGUUCGACUGACUCCCCAACCGGCGACGAACAUCGUACAAUGUCCGAUAAGGUGCAACAGAUGGCUUCUUCAAUAUACCGAGAGUUAGAGAUGAUGAUAAAAGCUCAUGGAGAAGAUGGAGUCAAAGUAAGUUGUUAUCAACUAUAUGUUGACUGAUUAAGGUUUUUAGACCCUUAUGCCCUUGGUCGUCAACGUUUUAGAAGCCUUGGACAUGGCGUAUCUCGAGAGAGAUGAACAAACUGUUGAAAUGGAGAUGCUCAAGGAAGAUAAUGAGCAGCUACAGACGCAAUACGAAAGGGAAAAGCAGCUACGGAAACAAGCAGAAGCUGUAUGUUGGUUCAAGUAUGUUAUAUAAUGCCUUUUAUUCAGAAGUACAUGGAAAUAGAAGACAAUCUUAUUGGACAAAACAAGGAGCAGGAAAAAAAGAUUGAGUCCCUGGAAUCUAUAAUGAGAAUGCUUGAGCUGAAAGCGAAGAACGCUGCAGAUCACUGUGAGGACCAAAUUUUCAUUUCUUUUUAAUCUUUUUUUUUCAAGCAUCACGCCUGGAAGAGAGAGAAACCGAGCAACGGAUGGAAUUUGAAAGGUUACACGAACGGUGAGAAUCAUCGAUAAUUUUUUUUUCAAACUUUUUCUAUCGAGUUUCAAUGCUUACACCUAUUUAUUCUCGGAGAUUGAGUCUUACCAAAGUUAUCUAUGAGAGGCAUAUCGUUUUAACUGCUUUUAUCAGAACUAUUCUGUUCGUUGUUUCAGAUAUAACACUUUGCUACGGACACACGUCGACCACAUGGAGAGGACGAAGUACCUAGUUGGAACAGAGAAGUACGAGCUUAUGCAGAAUAUGCCGCUUCCCAACGUCCAACUCCGCAACAAGUACGUUUUUUGGUUUUGUUUCCAGCAUGUAAGUUCGGAGCUCCUCGAUUCGUUGUUUUCUUUGAAUGUGACGUGAUUGUAGCUGGUUCAUGCCUGUUCGCUUUUCCAGCGGCCCGUGAGUUGAUUUGCGAAACUUCUUUGAAUUGAUAUUUUUUUCUGUUCCUGUCAUCUUUAACUUUCUACAACGCUUUGAAAGAUUAAAAAUAUUUAUAAAAAAAAGAGAUGUUUAGGCUUAAAAUCUUUACUUCACUUGUUUUCCUUCAACUUUCAGUCAAAGAUCACAUUUAAUGAAAGGAUGGCUGACCUUCCGCUUGUUGACGUUCCCCUUCAUUUUUUCAACUUUCCAUGUUUCUCUAUUCAAUUCAUCGUUUCUAAGAGAAGUUUAAAAAAAUCAAUUUCUUUUUAUAAAGAAUAACCCUGGAAAUGAUUUGCCCUCUAAUUCUCAAUUUUUGGAGGACUGUAAUGGCUACGCGUUUUUUUCCUACUUAAAAAUUUCUUUAUUGAAAUUAUUUGAUAUAUUCUAAAUUGGAAGUCUAGCAAUUGAAGUCUAUUGAAGUAUUUAAAAAGCUAUUUUGGGGAAAGGCUUUCAGAUUAAGUGUAACAAUUACUAUAGAAAACCAUUUAUUUAUUCUAUUGGUAGAGUAAGCCAGCAAAUAAUUUAUAUUUUAGUUUGAAUGAUCUUGCGUUUCGACUAUGUUUUUUAAUGUUUCUUGCAUGUUUCACAGUAAAAACGACUCUCAGCAACUUCCCUGUGUGGACUUUUUCUCACAUAGAUAAAGUUUUAUUGGUCGCAGAAUGGGAAUGGCUUCUUCGGUGGACGCGUCGUCGAUCCGCGGCGUUUCCGACCUCAUAAGCGCCCACAUGACACAAUCAACGACGAUGGAUGUAAAUCUGGCUAAUCACAUUUCUAAUGAAGGUUUUUUUAAAACUAAUUUCUUUAAUUUAAAAAUGCAAGUUUUGCAUUUUAAUUGGAUUUUCACGUAUGCAGAAUUUUUUUCUAGUCAAAGUUUUUUCUCAUAGUUUCGAAGCACACUUUGCUAAAAGUCAGCCGCAUAUAAAUAAUCGGAUAUAUCUUUUCUCGGUUUAUUGUGUAACUUUCAGCUGACUGGCAAGACGAGUUUUCUUCGGAUGUUGAACCUUCACCGAGGGAACCGCCCAUUUCCGAAGUAAGUGUUUUUUGUAUAUCAAUAUUUUGUGCGAAUAAGAGUACAUUUAAGCGUUUAACAAGGCUUUUCUAUUUUUGUUUUAAACUGUUCAUUUUCAGACGAACACGGAGAAAAUCAAGUCUCCUACGUUAGCUCCAGUCGCACCUGCAGCUUCUGAAGAAGAAGCUGAGGAACAACGGUUGGUUAACUUUUUAAAGUGAGAUGAGAAAAAAAUGUAGAAUUAUUCUCGAUAUAAUCAUUUCAUUCAUUAAAUUUUUGACAUUCAGUGCACAAAAGGCCACCACCGCAGAGUCCGACGACGUCUUGGGCGCCGAUUUGACUGGUAAUCGGAUUUACAUUGUCGUUUUGUUUUUCUUGUUAUACGAAAAUUGAUUGCCUGAGACUCGCGUUCACAAACUGUCUAAUCAGACUCGUGUAGUUUUCUAUUUAAAAAAUGUUUAGUUUGCCUCCUUACUGGUAUUUCGAAUAUCUCAUUUUCCUUCAUCGCAUCGGUUCAGCGCAACGUUUUCAUUUCUACUGCGCUGAACUAUUGCUUUAUUCUUCACAAUUCCGCUUUUUUGUUUUGCUCAAAAUUGGCCCUACAGGGAAUUUGGUCGAUCCAGCGGAGUUUGCUUCUGCGGGUAAAUCUUUUGUUUUGGAUAGUGGAGCCUACAAAAAAGUAUGCAUGAGACCUUUUUGUUGUUUUUUGUUUUGUUUGCUGGACCCUUGAUGGGUGUUUUUAUGGGUAAUCUGAGGUAUUAUCAAAAAACCUAUUUUCAUUAAUCUAAAUUCCUUCUUAUUCGAACAAAUCAAACUUUUUUCUGAAGCUUUUGAUAUCAGAUUUAAGUUAAGAAAGAUUGGUAAAGAACUUUAUGAAUAAUUUAUAGGCACUUCCUUGUUUUUGCUUCAUGCUUAGCUUUCGUCUUUUCAAACCUUCGAAGCAAUGUAUGAAAGGUACAUCUUGAAAAUAUAAACGACUGAGCAAUACUUUGAGGAAUAGUAUUAUUUAAACUAUUCCAAGUUUUUGUUUCAUGCUUCGUGUCAGGACACUAAGAAUUGAAACUUGAAAAAAAUUUGCUUAUAUGUAGUUUUUUUUUUCAAAUCAAACGAAAAAAGUCUCCUUUUUCUUUAAUUUGAAAAAAUGACGCAAUGUCUAUAAUUUGAACAUUGCAAAAAAGUUAAAAGUAUCUGUGAGUCACAGUGUGCAAAAGCUUUAUUCGCCUUGAAAUGUCGUGAUUGUGUGAUUAGUGCGUCGUGUGGUGCAGAUGACGAGACGAAGACAACUUCGGCCAGAAGAAGUUCCCUCGGAGGGAGCAGCACCAUCAGCCGCGAUUCCGACGAAGUCGACGACUCUUUCGGUAGGGCACAAACUUAGCCGAAGAUUUUUCGGCUGCUUUUUUGCAUGCUUUUUUCUUUGCUGCACGACGUUUUUCUUUUUUUGUUGUUUUUUUUGGAGGCUCACUCUUCAUAUCAUAAUAACAAUCUUAAUUUCAGUUAAUGACACUUUCAUUGGUAAGUUAAUCUGUUGUUGGUGGUUUUUGUUCUUUUUUUUUCAUUUUUCAACGCAUGGUCAUCUUUCUGUUUCAUCAUUUUAAUGCUUUUUAGAUGUUAGAAAUAUUUACUAAAGUAUGGUUUUAAUGUUAGAUUAGGGGAAAGUACAGAACCUAGCCAAUUUUCGUGAAAAGUAGAGAUUUAGGAGAAAUUUUUGGUUUUAGUUUUCAUUCCAAAAUUUUUCAUAGAUGCAUGUAAGAAGAUAUUCAAAAGACAUACGUCUCAUGAAAUAAUGUCGCAAAGUUAACACUGAGCAUGUAAAGCAGAGCAUCUGAGAACCGAGUUCUUUUUUUUUUAUUUUACGGCUUUCAGGUAUGGGACGAGAAGUGGAAAACCUCAUCAAGGAGAACUCUGAGCUAAUGGAUAUGAAGAAUGCGUUGAACGUCGUGAAGAACGAUUUGAUCAAUCAAGUAGAUCAGCUGAUGAGGUUGAGUAGACGUUGGUGGGAAAAAGUCUUACGGAUUUAUAGCGAGAACGUGAUUUUCCGCGACGAAGUUCAAAAUAUGGAGCUCGUUCGGCAGAAGAUGAGCGACCACAUAACCAAAUUGGAGGAAGAAGUGCGCACAUUGAAACAAAAGCUCGCCGAGAAAGAAGCCGAGGUUGAAGAGGUUCGAUUGUUCACAAGAGAGCCAUUUGGGAGAAAUAAUAUCUACAGGAAGAUGUGCCGAUGGCUCAAAGGAAACGCUUCACGCGAUCAGAAAUGCAAAGGGUUUUAAUUGAUCGAAAUAUGUACAAGGUUUAUUUUGAAACUAUUUCCAAGUAAUCCAAAUUAAUUUUAUCAUUUAUCAAUAUCAAUAUGUAUCGGUUGUUUUAGUCAGGUUGAAUCGACUAGGCGGUAAAAAAUUUGCUCCUUUGAGCGGUACUAACACCGCCUUUGGCGAAAAAUAAGUCAAAACGUGUAGUUGAUUGAAUUGAAAGCAUGGGCUCACGAUCCUUCGCCUCGUUCUUUCACAAGUAGAUCCCUCAGUUCUGCGGGUACGCGCACGGCGGUGAUGGUGGGGCUCGGGCACGGACGCCGUGUACACUCUAGGGCAGCUUCGGCCGAUUGAGAGAGCUACCACUUCGAGUGAAGAAAGUACACGGAAUCCACCUGACCAAAACAACCAAUGAAUAUUGAUAUUGAUAUUUAUCGAGGCGAAAAAAGUGGCAUAAUCGGUUCUAUACAACUGUGUGAAAUUUUAUUGGAAAAUGUUUUAAAAAAAUGUGGAGAUUCUCAGGAGAAACUCAUGGAGCUGGAAGAAUCCGUCAAGUGGACGGAGAUGCAACGAGCGCGGAAGCUGCAGCAACAGCAGCCGCCUCCGAAAAAGACGGGCAUUUGGGACUUGUAAGAACCUGUCCGUAUGCUCCAUCCAACGCGAUUUCAGCUUCUCUGGCCUUUUCGGAGAGACGUCAUCACCUCCCUCAUCCUCCCGCGGACGUCCUGGCGCGGGUCGGAAGGCCAUGACUCGUAGCGUCGAGUACAUUGAUCCUGAAAUGUCAGUUCCUUAACACUUUCUGGUCAUCGGUGUUGUGCGCACGCUCUUUUUUUUCGAUUUCAGUCUUUUCUCCAGUUGAGCUAGGAUUUUUUUUUUUCAAUUUUGUGUUUCCUUUUCAUGUAUUUUCUCAUCAGAUCACUCAUCGCUUUCGAUGUUUAGUAUUUUCACUUUAUUACACUCACCUCAAAUAAUUUCGUGCAUCAGGACUAGUCUCAACUAAGAUCUUUUCAAUAUGUGCAAUAACAAUUUAGAUGUCUUUUUUUUCCUAUCCCGGUUUCAAGUCUUUUGAUUUCUUUCGCUUUUAGUCUUCACUUCACGGGUUUCACACGCAGUGUUCUUUUCUAGUUUCGAGCCACGGUGAUUUGUAAAUAUACCAAGAAAUGAUAAAUGUGUCGUGGAUGGUUUUUUCUGUUGUCUGCAUCCGACGCUUGGAUAGUUGCUGAUUCACUUCCCUCCUUGAAAUGGCUCAACUUUAAGGAUCUCGGAGCGAAGAGCUGCAGAACGUCGCGAACAGUACAAAUUAGUUCGAGAGCACGUCAAAAAAGACGACAGUGGACGAGUCGAAGUAUUUAUUGUCAAGUUAACGAAUCUGAUGUUUUGUUCAGGCGUAUGGAUGGUCAUUGCCGGCUGUGGACUCAGCUGCGACCUCAGUUCCGGUUCCAGUCUGUUGCCGCCCUCUUAUCGACAAUCAACCCUCAUUGAAGGUUUGUUGGCGAAACCGGAUCGCUCCCAGUUUAUGAGAAGCUUCUUUGAAAGAUUUUGUCAAUGAUCAACUCGAUUGAGUUUACUUUUUACGUUAGAUCUCGCUGAAAAAAUCUUCUACUUCUACGUUGGGCGUGGAAAAUUACAUUAGUUGGAAAAUCUCUAUCUUCAGACUUCGACCAAUCUAAUCAGAAUAAUUCACAAUAAUAAUUGAUUGAAUAUUCAGAAAUCAUUUUUCGAAAAAAAUUUAAGCAAUAAGACAAUUGAUAGGCAAAAUAUUUUGCGUACAUCUGAAAAAAGUUCCUAGAAAAUUGUCUCCGAGAACCAUUCAAAAAACUUUGUAUUUUUGAGUAGGACUACGCUUUUAGGGUUUUUUUUCUUUCAAAGAAAGCCGAUCUAAUGUAAAAAGCUGAUAAGCACUAAAUGAAUUUUCUAUAAAUCAAAAAGAUUAAGCUUUUAAAUCUCACGUUUUUUUACUCAGUUUUUAAUAUGUUUGUAUUUUUUAUUUUCCUUCUCUACUUUACAAGCGAAAAUCAAUAUAAUAUGGGUUCUCCAUAAAAAAAUUUACCUCAGAGAAAUAUUUUGAAAUAUGAAAGCUUGCUGACAUUACAUAUCAGAAAUAAGAGGGGAAAAGUUGUUGCAGGUGUGGUGCGCUAGUGGCGUUGUCCUGAGAGGCGGCCGCGCACCUGACGGACAGUUCAUCACGGGAGAUCCUGUUUACUUCUCUCCUAGUGCUAAGAAACUUCCAAAAAACUCAAGUAAAAGCGAGUUGGAGGACGAAAUUACGGUAGCCUUUGUAAUAGUCUUCCCGGUCAAAAUCCAUAACUUAACAGCGCGCCAGAGCUCUGGACGCACGCGAAAGUGAACUAGUAGAGUGGGAGUCGUCUUCCCUGGUGUGGGUGGCGAGUUCCAACCAAGGAAAGUCCCUCAUAGCGGUUCUCGACGCAAACAAUCCCAACAACGUCAUCGAGACGUUUUCGGCGUGCGACAGCCAUCUUCUCUGCGUCCAAGGCGUUCCAGGUGCCGUCGCGAGUAUCUGCUCAUGCCAAGUUCCGUUUAGGGGUCCUGGAAGGCGAUCCGGACAUGGACGAGGUCGAUGCCAAGAAGUUCUUGUGCGGUGGCGGCAAGAUCAAGGAUAUCCCUGAAGGUCUGCUCAACUUGUUACACAUAGGGCGAAACUUACAAGCGUCAGGCCAAAAAUAAGCGAAAAAGUAGUUGAAAUUAUUUUGAAUAAAAUAAAGCGCAACAAGAGAAACAUCUGCUGAACUUUCCAUGGCUAACUAAAAGCGAUUAUGCUUUUAGUGUAGACUUUGAAGUCGCUCAAGAACCUUUGAAAGUCCAGAUUAAGAUUGUUAAGGAUCGUUCACUGUGCGACCGUCUUGUUUUGAGGUUAAUAGCUGUCAAUUUUUCCUGGUAUUGAUUGAAAAACCCAGAUUCAUUGAUAAACGAAAAACACUAUAUCCAAUAACAAAAUUUCGCUUAAGUAGUAACUAUAAAUCAUUUUUAAUCAGACCUAGUCGAUCACAUCUAUAACUAAAACAACAAAAUAAAUGAUUUGAUGGUGGUAUGAAAAAAUUACCAGUGAAAAUUAAAACGGCGACUUUUCCGAAUUUUUCAUAUCGCUAGGGAACUUUCCGACGGCCACCUUUCCGACGGAUCCCUUUCCGACUUUUUUUCCCUUAAGUUUUUUUCGGUUUAUAAAAACAUCUGUAAACAUUGUUUUUUUCUAUUUCUUUGUGUUUUUAAUCAUGAACCAACUACCUACUUUAUAUAGGAAGAUUUAAAAACGAAGUUUUUAUCGAGAAAAAAAAACUUCGGAAAAGAUUUGUCGGAAAGGUGGCCGUCGGAAAGUUCCCCUAGCGAUAUGAAAAAAAUCGGAAAAAGUCGCCGUUUGAAUUUUUCGCUGGUUUUUCAUAUCACCGAUUUAAUUUGAUAUCGGAUUUUUAAACUGAAAAAAAGUUUGGAUUUUUUUCCGUGAUUCAAAAAUGAAAUCUGUCAGUUGAAGACGGUCACUGCUUGCCGUUGAUUGCAAUCCGACUCUAUCACAGGAAUGAGUGCGGUCGAGCUCGGUUGCUGUGAGUGGGUAGAGCUCCGGAGCAUGGAAGACUCCGAAGACGGCGUCCCUACCUUCUGUUCCAACGACAUGAAACCGAGUCCGAAACGUACACGCGACUGUACGUUCCUUCUUUUUAGUUUUUGCAUCGUUCAUUUUUUCAGUUAGUUUGAGUGAGUCUGCUCCAGAUUCCAAUAUUGUUGAGGACGGUUAGUUGCAUUUUUUUUCUCAUGUAUUGAGUGAAAACUUGGUUUGGUUCAGCCGCGAAAAAAUUGGAAAAAAUUGAUGAAACGACGCCGGAAAAAAAAGUAGAUGAGAAAAGCUCAAAAAAUAAAUCUGCUUCUGUCAUCCCGCUGGAAAAGUGGAAAGAGGGAAAUCAAGGAGGUUCAAUAAUUGUUGUGACGUCAUCUUUAAGUUUCUGCUUGUCAGCCUUUUCAAUACUGCUUUCAUGAGAAAUCCAUUCGUUAAAGUCGUUUCUCUUUUUUCUCACGGCUCAAAUUUCAUUGUUGUUGUGUUUUUCGAUAAAAAUUACAUUAUUCUAAAUGUAAUCAAAAAUCGCUUAUUAUACGCACCUAUCGGAAAUUUUUCGCAAAACUUCAUUAUUUUCUUACUUCCAAGUUAAAGUCACAAAAAAUAACAAAAAAUAACGCUGUCGACUUUUUAUCAAGCAUAUAUAAUAUGUCUGAAAAGAGGAAGCAAAUUCCAAAAAAGUCAGAAAAUUCACCUGAUAUUUGAGCUUGCUUUCCAAUUUAAAACGCACGUAUCAAGUUACCCGUCCAUUUUUUUCCAAAUUUGACGCACUCUUCCAGCGCAAUCACACUUUGCAAAGAAAAAGGCGAAACUGACAGUAAUGACUCACUAUGUUGUUCAGCUUCGCCAACGACGUCGAGCCGAGGCGGCGGCCGUUCGGCGCUUCCUCCGCACAUCCGUGACGCGAUGAGCAAGUACGACGGCGUCGCCGGACAGAUGAGCAGUGCUCUUCCGACUGUCUGGAUGGGAGGCCAGAACCAAUAGUUUGCAGCUUGAUCCGCCGAACCACGCAACAUUGCUUUUCAGCAUUUACAUUCACUCGGCAGUGACCGCAUGGAAACAAUGUCUGCGGAGAAUCAAAAUGCCCGACGCCGUUCUGAGCAUCGCGUAAGCUUGGAAUUUGCUUUCCCCAAAUGUAUGCUUUCUAGGCAUUACAAAGGUCGCGUUUUUGCGUCGCUGGCAAAUGGGACAAUCGCCGUUUUCCAUCGCGAUAAACGUCAGUUUUUUUUCUCGCUUUGAGGUGUGAGAAGACGAAACACGAGGAUGUUUUUUUUGUCUGAAAAACUAAGCUUGCAUGUAUAAAAAAGCAAUAUUUGACGAAAACUGCCAUAAUUUUUUUAAUACAUCGUUUCUAAUGAAAAUAUCACAAAAAAAUGUCUCGCGCAGCUGGAAAAUGGAAAUUCUGUCAACGGCUGACAAAAUUCUGGCAGCGCCUUAUUUGUUUCCCAGUUUUUUAUUUUUCGCUUGCUUUUCUCCAAGCUUCAUUUCCUUUACUCAAAAAAAAAAGUUUUUAAUAUAACUCCAUUGAGCUCUCCCCUUCAGCGUUCGAGAGUUUGCAAGUCAUUUUUCAGCGGCUCAUUUGAACAACCCCAGUGUAAAUCAGUAUUCGAGCACUGAUUUUGGUAAUGACAAAAAUAGCACCAAAACGGGAUACAGAUGUUUUACCCAAUUUAGAGGCACUCAUUUGUGAGCUCUAUUCAUUCAAUCAAUUUGGUGUGUUAAAUUAAUGUAAUUUAAAAAUAAAUUAAUGUAAUUUAAAAAUAAAUUAAUGUUCAGAUGGACAAUGGGCCGAUUUCGGGUAUCAUUCUCUUCGCGUGGGCAAAGCGACGGCGUCGGUGAGGUCUCUUUGCGUCGUUUCCAGCAACAUUUGGGCGGCCUACAAGAACUGCGUCGUCGUGAUUGACGCCGAGAGCUUGCAGAUUGUGGUAUGAGAAACGUGUGGCUUUAGGAGUGCAGGCCAUCUUCAGAAAGUGUUUGCUGCGCAUCCGCGGAAAGACAGUCAGGUGCGAAACAUGCAGUGGGUUGGUUCCGGCGUGUGGCUUUCGAUUCGUCUUGACUCCACUCUGCGGCUCUACCACGCCCACACCUUUGAGCAUCUUCAGGACGUUGACAUUGAGCCUUAUGUAACUAAAAUGCUCGGUACGCUGCUCCCAAAACUCCACACAAAUUAAAUUAUCAAAGAUCUUAUCCUUACCUUUUAGAGAAAAUCACUUGAUAGUAGGUGUGAAACCUUUUGUAGUAAAGUUUUAGUAGCUUCAAUUUUUCUUUUUUUUUAUUAUAUAAAAAACGGUCGAUCGAGAUAUUUUCAUUUUUUUUUACCAUUUUUUCGGAGUUUCAUAUUUUUAUGAUAUGAAAAAGAAUCAAAAGACCGUUGAGGCUUUAUUCAUCCUUCACGUUUAUUUUUGUAAGCGUGGAGUUUAAGGCGGAUAAAAAGAAAAGGAUGGAAAACCAUGGCUUGAUUUUUCUAUUACUACUUGUCUCAUUGAUAACUUCAGGUGCCUCAAAGUUGGAUUUCUCCUAUAUGCGCACCACGGCACUCUUGGUGUCGAACAGACGCCUUUGGAUCGGAACUGGGACUGGUGUCAUAAUUUCUAUACCUUUCAGUGACAGUUCGUCUCGUCUAGUAGUGCUUGUCAAACUUGAGACUUCAGAGAUUGAGAAAAAAGUAGAAACAAAUGAUGCGAAAGGUCCAGUUGGUCCAGGAGGCCUAGUUCGUGUCUACGCGACGAGUACGCCAUCAAAAAAAGAAACGGAAAAUGUGAGGCAUGAAAUCACACGAAAAAAAUGUUAGAAAUGUAUGACUGAGAAGAAAAUUUUUUAGAACGUACCUACCAGUGGAGGAGACGCGGGUUUCGUGCCGUACUGCAAUUUGACGCAGGCGCAGCUCUCCUUCCACGGCCACAAAGACAGCGUCAAAUUCUUCUUGGCGGUUCCGGGAGCUCCGAAAGACGACGGCCAGGCUGAGCUUCGGCGAAUGCUGGUCAUGUCUGGCGGGGACGGCUACAUUGAUUUCCGCAUAGGUCUGUCUUUCUGCGGCACAUUCCCCCAGAGUUCUCAUUUCAGGUGAAGAAAAUGAGCCAGAGCCGUCGGGAAAAGAGCGUGUCCGUCCGAGGGACAUGUCGCAUCUCAUCAUUUGGGAAAUCGAUGCCGAGCUACCGGUCGUGACCAAAUCAACGUAG